UCAGAUAUUGUCAACUAGUACAAAAUGUCAUGUAGUGAGGAUGAGACGAAUGCUGCGAGUGUUUUAUCCCAGAUGUCACAAACUGCACAACCAUCUGAAAAUGUCACUGCACAACCUAUAGACAAUUCUGUGAUUGCACAUCAGUGUGAUGUUGAAACUACUUCCAAUCAAGGUGAGGUUCUAUUUUUUCGGAACAAAGGGGAACGCUAGUGGGACACAAAUUGCGCGUUCUUGGUGCGUUUUUGUUAGGUUAUUUCUGAGUAGUACUAUACCGGGCGAGACACUCUUUUAGUUUUCGAUCAAGAACCAAAAAGUCAACCAGGGCCAUUCAUUUGGAAAUUGAUUCCCUUGAACCAACGUUAGAUUGUAUUACAAACUUUCUAACAGUAUAUAUAAUGUUUUCACUGCGCAUAACAUUUACAAUAUACAAACAUGCAUGCAAUACUUGUAUACAGCUAUUUCAACUAAAGAAUUGUCCCAGAGUAAAGCGGAAAAGUCGAAUAAAUUAAUUAAUUUAUUAGCGAUUCCCAGCAAGCAUUUCGCGCUCGUAUUCGACUUUUGCGCUUUGCUCGGGGGCAACCUUAAUUGGAAUAGCUGUAUUCUGAUUUCUGAAUUCAUUAGGACUGCUGAUGGUUUUCAUUUUUCAAUGAGUACGAUGAUUUGCAUUCACAAACGUAAUUAAUACAAUAUGUCUAUUGUCAUCGUUCUCAAAUUUUUCGUGUAGUUCCGCAAUUAUUCCAAACGCGUUCGAAAUGUUUUGUACAUUAUGCUAACCGAACAAAUUUUUUAAUUGGUAUGAUAGUCCAGUACGCGAAUUGGCGCAGUCUUUUUUAACGUAAAGUAUCUGACAGAAAUAAUUCUUAAAAGCGUAUUUACUAAGUAAAGUCGUAGACUUCGUUAAAAAUAUUUCCGUACUAGGAGUUGUUAGGGACAUUAAGCAAGACAUAUCCUGAGACGGGAACGUUGCAAGGAACAGCCUUAAGUUUUACACUUUUAAUUAUAAAAAAGUUAGAAGAACUACCGUUAUUAGGAACUUAAUUAGUUAUUAGAACCUUAAUCAAGCAGGAUAAAAGCACAACGAGGACGGCUAUUAUUUUUACAAUGAAAUUCAUAAUAAUUGUGAAAACGAAAUGAACAGUUAAAAUCCCACGGAGGCAAAAUGCAGAUUAUCACGUGUUUUAUACAACGGCUACAUUUUAAGAUGCGACCACUGCUACUUCAAAUCAGGUCGUAGAAACUCUUCUCAAACAUAAACCCUGCCUCGAUCUUUUAUAAUUAGAAAGUGCUGCCUCAAACUCGACGCUCUGAAUAGAUAGUUGUUUAAAGCGCUGAUAACAACAUGAAGGCGCAUUUGCUUUGGAAAGAAUACAAUUUAGUGAAGGGAGUUCGGAUAGUCAGAUAACGCGGCCGAAUGGAAACAAAAACACGCAUGCUUCGUACAUUUUCCUUCUAAUUUUCCGUUUAUUACGUUUGCUAAUUGGAAUUAGGGCAAAACAUCUGAACGGAUGUAGAAUAGACUGAAUGAUGAUUUAUUACAAAUGUCAAUCAACGUUUGUUGCAUGGUUAGAAGUUAAUUAUUAACUUAUCGCAUCCGACAAAUACUACAUUACUCUCCCUCUAUUUUUUUAACCGAAUGUCAAUCACUUAAUAAAAUGUCCUUGCUUUGUGUUCAUACUUAUGUAAAUCAAUGUUGUCUGAUGUUUCUAUAAUUUAAACGUUUAUAUCGUUUUACUGUUCAUAAGAUCAAGUCUGGUACUGAUAUCGUAUUACCGGUCUUUUCAUUUUCUUGUUGAUCUCCUUACACUUGGUUCUUGCUUAAGGUGGUUCCUCUGUUUCCGGCGAUCUUCUCGGCGCUGUAUCUUCCUGCUUCUCCUCGCUUUCCUCCAUUAAUACCUUCUUAAAGUGUGAAACAUUUCUUGUCACCGUCUUGCCAUCUCUUUUAGCUAUUAUGGUGUUGUACUUACGUUGUACUACCGUAUAAUGUUCUGGGUCGAACUUUGAUGUUAACUUGUUAACUUACUGUUCUUCUUCUGUUUGCAAAUGACGAUGUCACCGUUUUUGAUCCCAGCUUCCCUUGUUCUUUUGUUUCUGUCGUAGUACUCUUUGUUUUCUUCUUUCUUCCGCUCCAAAUUCUUUUUCGCCCUCUUGUAGAGUCUUGAAAAUUCCGUGUACUUCGGGCCUCGCCUGAUACAAUAAUAAAGCUCGCUUUCUCGCAUCGUCUUUAAUAUCUGCUGCAAGUAAAUACGUGUUGAAUCUCUCCACCCAUCGUGUCCAUCUCGCACUUGUACUUGUAGGAUCACUCCGUGGUUCUAGUUUUCCGUUAUAUUUUUCACGCUGUUUAUUUUUACAUCCUCGUCGCCAUUGUAGAAUAGACUGAAUGAUGAUUUAUUACAAAUGUCAAUCAACGUUUGUUACAUGCUUAGAAGUUAAUUAUUAACUUAUCGCAUCGUACAAAUACUACAACGGACAGAAACUAAGCUAAGAUUCGCAACAAUUUAUAGAUCUGGCAAAUGGCUGCGCACGGAUAAACUCUGGAUAAACGCAAGCACUGUAAAAAAUAGUGUGCUGCCUCGCUGCUCUCGAUAGUAAUGCCAGGCUAUCAUGCCUAUUGUCGUGUAAAUCAAAAGCGUACCAAGAGUGUAUCAGUAUGUUGUUAAAAUUACAAAGCCAUGUUCCAAGUUAAAAUUUGUGAUUAUUUACGUCUCGUUUGAUCCAAGUUUAAUUCAGCCAAAUUAUUGCUGCACUGUUAGAUUAACUGGUAUCAUGCAUGAUUGCUCUUUGUAGAGACUGCUUCACUUGGUGUGGAUGAAACACUGGCAGCCACCACUCCAGCUGCCGAUCUUUGUGAUAAUGACAAUGACAAUGAUAAUGAACCAAAGAUCCAGCCAACACCUGCAGGUAUGAGGGAUUAGAGGGAAAGAAAAUAUCAUGUUAAUUUGGGAUUUUAUCACAACAUCCAAAUCCAGCUAAGAAAUAACUAAUUCGGCUUUGUUCAAUGUUGGUAUAUUCAGUUAUUCCAACUUGCUGCCUAUGUCCCUACCGCACUUGUCUUUAAUGUGUACUUUCUUUCAUACAAAUAUGGGCUGAGAAUAUGUGCUUUAUAUGAUACCGAGUGUCUACGUCUCUAGAUAAUCAGUUGCGCUAUCUUCCAUGGCGGGUUUAUAUCUGAACUAUAUGAAAAGAUUUCAAACAUGGCGUUUCCAUUGAACGCUUUUUUCGACCGACGACCCUUAACUGAUCUCCUGACAAAGGGUCUUCGCUUGAAACAUAACGUUUUAAUCAUUCAGACACAAACCUGCACCUGCGGUAUUUUGUAGAAUACUGACAGCUGCAGAACAGGUGGGAAAUUUGUUGUCGCUGGUCAGUAAAUUGCGGGCGCCAGCGAAAAUUUUGUUUUAAAUUAUUAAAAUGAGCAAAAGCAGGUUUUUGGGCUUCUCGUUUGGGAAGAAAACAGUGGUUGUGCAAGAAUUUAAGUUCGUUUAUUCAAAGGCUAUUGAAAAAUGUCCUGCAGGAUAAAAGACUUUAAACUGAAAUCGGACAAAUGUAAACUAUUUAUUUAUACGACGAAAUAUAGACGAAAUUUAACUUUUUUCGAAGAUGCAAGUUGUUUUCACUCCCUGGACAGAUGGAAUUAAAAAAAUAAACUCAGGGUUGGUUUAAAAUUUGUUUUUAACGCAUUUUUCUACUCAGCAAUAUCUUUGGAAAGUUUAUUUAUGAUUAAAUCCUUGAAAACACUUAGUGCAAAUCGUGAUUUUGCUAAAAAUAGGAAAAAGCUAAAUUUUCAACUUAAGAUUGUAAAAAAUCUAGUCGAGAGCCUCAAAACGAGACUAUCUCUAAAUGAUUCUUCAAAGAUUUCUUAAUUCACUAAUCAAAGUAUUGUUCAUAUGAAAAUACGGGUUGAUAUCAAAAACGGCACAACUGUCUAAUGUAGUCUGUAUAGUAGUCUGAAAAGGUGCCUCUGAAUAUUCCGCUAGAAAUUGCAUGUGUUUACUAAUCCUGUUCGUAAAAGUAUAUCCAUUGAAAGAUUAGAGUCUACUGAUUCAGAAAGUAUGAGCAGUUUUGAAAUAAUGCGAAUACGUUUCCAUCUCUUUCCAAUUUAGUACAGCGUGAUUUAUGGGGGUAAAGGUUAGCACAAUAAAAUAAAAAAAAUUAAAAUAUUUUAAAAUCUAGCUGAGAGCCUCAAAACCAAAUAUGGUUUAAUUUAAACUACUCCUUAACACAUAUACUUUAUUUUGGGAGAUAAUUCAUUCAUCUAAAAAUACGGAAUAGUAGGAAUUAUUAGACAUUUUCAUCGGAAUUCGAGGCAGUUCCGAUAUAUAAGGUUACGCAAAAGUUGCAAUUUUAUAAAUAUUUUUAGUCUGUGAACGUUCUCAUACCUUCCUCGCCUUCCCAACAAUUAAUACAAUGGAUUAACAAUUUUUUUGGUUAGCAAAAAAAAAUGAGGCAAAAACGCAAAUAAAACGCUCAAAAAUCAAAUUACUGUAUUUACUCGCCCCAAGUCUCUUUCUCUUAAACCGUGCAAAAUGUAGCGCAUGCGCAGACAAAUUUCCCACCUGUUCAGCUGCAGUGGAUUGAGAGAUGCAGCUACCUGAAAAAUAAAAGCAGAACUUCAACAUUUCGAGCAAAGGCCCUUCGUCGGGAAGUUAGUAGCCAUAGAAUACCACCUACAAUGGAACACUACAUUUGAAUUCCAGUAACAAUUUCUUUCUUCUUGCUGUAGUAUCUUCUGUGAAGGUAUAUCCGUGUGAAUAUUGUGGUAAAGUUUUCAAUAAAUCUUACAAUCUGAAGACCCAUCAUCGAGUGCAUAGUGGCGAACGUCCAUAUCAAUGUACAGUAUGUGGACAUGGCUUUGCAAACCUUGGUGAUCUCAAACGGCAUGACAGAACUCAUACAGGAGAAAAACCUUAUACUGUAAGAAAUAUUUUUGAUUAUUUAUUAGUUUGCUGGUUUUGGUAUUUGGUAAUUAACGAAACUGUCGCUUUUUCGGUUAUUUGUAUUGCCAGUACAUCCCACCGAAACAUAUUAUAUACUAAGUGUCAAAGUUCAUGUUUUCUUGCAUCUCAUUGGAUGAGAGCGUAUCACGUGGAAGUCACGAAAUUCGACCGUCUCUGGCAACAGCUCUGAGCGGUGGACAUUACUACUUUUAUUCACCGAUGAAAAAUAAAAGCGUCGAGUUAUAAAGCAAAAAUUAUAAAGUUUCCCGUUUCUUUUUGUUGUUUUUUUUCCUUUGAUACUUCAUAUAAUAAUAUAAUACUUAUACCACAACACCUACGCGUGCUUUAAAUAGUUCAUAGUGAAUUUACUUAUUUCACAUGAAAAUAUCAUCUGAUCCCCGCAUCCCCUUUGUAAAUCUAUCGCUCAGCUCCAAUGUGUUUUGUAGUCACUUUUAAUAGAACUUAAUUUAUAUUUAUUAUAACUUCCAUUCUUUUAGUGUGAAUUCUGCAAUAAGUCUUUCUCAGACUUUGGAAGCCAUAAACGACAUCUUCGUUUGCACACUGGAUACAAACCUUUUAAAUGUGAUAAUUGCGACCGAGAAUUCACACGACUUGAUAGCUACAAGAAUCAUGUUCGUCUACACACUGGAGUCAGACCUUAUAAAUGUGAAGAAUGUCAGAAAGAAUUUAACUAUCUUACAACGUAUAAACGACAUCAAAAUAUCCACAGUGGGGAACGGCCUUAUUCCUGUGAUCAAUGUGGAAAGAAAUUCACUCGUUUGAUUUACGUGAAAAAUCAUAAACAAAGUAAUUGUGGGAAACAAAGGGGCAAGAAAUUGGAAGAGAAAUCUAAUGAAGAAAUGAUGACUAGCAGUGAUACAGCAGUAGUAGCUAUCAGUAAUGUUAGUAAGUUAGGUGAAGAGAUUAAGAUCACGGAUGGAUCACUGAUCGAAAACAUUGCGCAUGAUUUAUCUAUGCAGGGAGGGAUGCAACUGAAUGUGACUAAAGUUAUAUACACCAAUGGCGAAACACAGCCUGUUUUGAUUGAAUCAAGUGAAACAACAUCACAUACGUUGAUCCUGACAACCAACCCUGAAGAUGGUCAACAAUUAUUGGAGCUCGCAGCAGGUGUUAGUAAUAAUGCUGAGUCAGCAGUUUCACCCAAUGUAAGUAACAGUGCAGGAACUAUAUUUCUUACCCAGUCAUUAGACACACACACUGUUACCAGUGAAUCGCACCAACAUGACGCAAUUGUUACCGUGAACUCAGACGAGCAUGCGCAGAACUCAGAACUUGGUGGAAAAGAGACAAUCAGUUGCAUGGGAAGUUAACUGAGGUACAGCAUAUCGAUUUUUCAUCGAAUGUUUACAAAUUUUCGGUGACUUUCUUAUUACUAUCCCAAAUUGACGCAACAAGGGUUAGAGUUAUGAUUGGGAUUUGGAUGAAGUCACGAUCAAACAAGAAAACACAAGUCCAUCACCAGUUUUGGUUUGAACAUUACAGUGUGAAAUAGUGUCAAAUAUACAUGCAGGGCACAAGUGUUCUAAAUGUCUAACUGUGGAUUACAAAUAGUUCACAAACUGUUUUUCACAAGACACUAUUUCACAUCCCGUGUUCCCUUAUCGAAUGGUUCAUUCCCUCUUCGAUGUUUCAGGAGUUGAAUCUUGUCAAAGUUCUUCGUCAGGAGGUCGAUAGUGUGAAGCAGAGAAACCCGUCUCCCGCUGUCCAACUCCUGACAAAAGAAUUCGCUCGAAACAUCGAGUAUUUUGAAACAAACCUUUUUAGGUGUUUCAGAUUUCAACCACGAUAGUUUAUCGUAGGAUAUUUUAUCGUAGCGUAAUUCUGCACUCAUUCAGUGGCUCACCAUGGGCAUGGCAGAAUACGUAGGUUUUUAGGCAAAGCGUUAUAGCCCAUUAUCUUCAAGAGGGAGUUGAUAAUCGUACUUUCUUUGUAGAUUAUUGCAGAAGACCAAGAUGCAUCAGAUCCGAGUGCAAUGUACAUUGCUAUAGAUCCCACUCAAGAACUUAUUGGUGAACUUCCUGCAGCUGUUAAUUCAGAAUCGUAGCAAAUUACAUGUAUACGUGUCACUGUGUGAUAAAUAUAUAAACUACUACUGUAGGCCUUACCUCAAUCUUAGGGCUACUUGAUCUGUGAAAACAGAACCUCGUUGAUUGACAUGUUGUGUAUAUAGUUCCUUCAAAAGAGUAUUGUAUAUAAUUUUGUGACACUCAUUUAUUAAUUGUUCAUGAAGAAAACACAAAAUUGUGAGCGUGACGGAGUUUGAAUUUCUGAUACAAAACUUAAAGUUUACUGAUGUAAAUCAGCAUGAUUCAAUUUUCUCACCAAAUAUCAUUCGUUUAUUUUACAUUGUUGAAGAAUACGAAUGUUCUCAUGAAGACGUCGACGUCACACAAGCUAUAUUCGCGUCCGUGUUGUAUCAGAUAUACAAAUAUCCGAUACAACACGGCCGCUCAUGUUGUAAAUAGUAAUAUAAUAAUACGUGUAUAUAUUAUUGUUCUGUAACACUUAUAUUUAUACUGCUUCAAUUAAGCCAGUUGCCUGUUACUUGUAAUUUGGGCAAAAACACUAUAUAUGGAUACCGUGAGUGAUAAAACAACUAAACAUGAGAAAGUCGCGCUUGUGCUGAACAUUUUCAGUUGCAGCUUCUUCGUUAAAUUAAAUAAGGACCUACUGUAGGUAUCUACAUGCAGCUGUAUAAAAAAGAUGACCCUUUAAGCCUGGCGCACACGAGAGCUAUCUGCUGAGCAAAAAUACACUCGUGACCAUUAGAACCACUAUAGGCAGUUUAAUUUGUAUUCAACAAAUGCAAACAAGUAGCAGUGAAAAUACAAUCAUCACUAAUCAUAUAAAGGUACUCGUAAAGGAGUGUUCAGUUCUGUGGGUUUUACCUGUCAUCUGACAAAGAUUGUAAAAAAAACCCUAUGAUAAUGCUGUGCUAAUCAUCUCUCUUGCUAAUCAACAUUAAUAUCAUCAAAAAGGCCGGCGAGGCGGGCAGGCCUACAAUCGCGUGCAAAAAUAAUGAGACUUUUCACAUUUUUGGCCAUUUAAAAGUACGUUGGCCUGCCCCCAUGAUCAAUGUUGGAAAAAGUGGGUUGAAUUUUCUCUUUUCAGUCAUCCACACAACAUUGAAUUGGGGGUGAGGGGGGCACGUAUGCGGUUGUCUCAAUAAUUUUUGCUCCUGAUUGUAGCAAAUUGCCCGAGUUUUUGGGAGGCUGCAGCCUCUCCCCCUCCCCCCCAACACACACGCGUACGCCUAUGGCCUUGAGACAACUGUCACAGACAGUUCAUAC